ACUACACAUUUGUGCCGUCCACUGCUCAGCGGGUGCAGACGUGGAUGGCAGACGAGGGCAUACGGGACACGAGAGCGCCUGCGGGUGGCUAGAGACAGCGGAUGGACGACGCAGAGAGGGACGACAUUCAGGACACCCUCGAUGAGGAGGGCCGCGAGGGUGGGGCCAGGGAGGGGGGGGUGGCAGACGAGGCAGUCAGAGAGCCUGAUCUUCCAGGGGAGGAGGUGGCGAUGACAUCGAGAGGCGUUGGUCGAGCGGGUCCCGCUCCUAGGGCGCCGCGACCUGAGUUGGACCGCGCGAGGAGGGAGAAGAGGACAGUGGGGCAGGCUGCCGUGGAGGUGCCAGACAUGGGCAGGCAGAAGAGGGCUCGGCAGACCAUGAUUGACGAGAUGUACGCCAGGGAGAAGUUGGCCGAGUUCACAGACGCGUGGCUUCAGGGGAUCUACGUGAAGAAGUUUCCAUUCAACGCCUUCCGUGGUCCAGAGUUCCAGAAGGUGCGGCAGGCAGCAGAGAGAGUGCCUCGCUCUAUCCAGUUCCGGUUUUCCUCCUACAGGGUUACAGCGGGCACCGGUAUCCCUUCGCAGAGGGCGAAGGUGGCGACGAUGGUGAGCGGGGUGCGCGCCACUUUUCGGCACAGCGGUGCCACUAUCCUUUCCGACGGGAGGAAGUCGCGUAGCGGCAAGCCGCUUGUGAACUUCCUCGCCAGGGGCGUACGCCACCGUCGCACGCCGACGGGACGUGUUGGAAAGCAUGUUGCACGGGGAUGCUUGGGCACGCAUCCCGUGGGAUCGCGCCACAUAUCUUUGGCGCAGUGGGUGCAGCAGCAAAUCCGGGACGGGGAGUUUUGGCAGCGUGUCCAGUACGCCAUCCUAGUCAUGUCGCCCGUCCACCAGCUGCUGCGCAGGAUGGAUAGAGGUGGGAUGAUGAUGUCCGUCGUUUACGAGUGGAGUCAGCAUCUGCUGCACUUGAUGAGGAGGGUGGACGUGCCGGAGGACAUGAUCGAGCCGUGCGUGCAUGAGGUUGCCAUCCGCAACCUCCACAUGCUAGAGCCCGCACAUGCCACGGCCCACCUCCUCAACCCUCGUCGACGGUCCCUCACGUAUUACCAUUCGCUGCAGACGACGGCCGACGACCGUCGUGUGGUCGAGGAGUGCGACAAGUUUCUCCUGGCGCAGACCGGCGGCGAUCCGGUCGGCUUAUUGUACAGGACCGUGAGGGACCAUAUGAGGGCGUUCCACUCGAGGCGAGGGGAUUGGGGAGAUCGUGACCUCUCCGAUGCCGAGGCGGCCGAUUGCAGGGGGGACAGUGAGACUGAGCGAUGUGCAGCGUGGUGGUUUGAGCAUGGACGUGCCCACCCGGAGUUGCGCACCAUCGCCAUCCGUGCCAUGCACUUGUGGACGUCUGCCUCUCCAGCGGAGAGGAACUGGGCGGACAGCACGGUGAGGCGCUGCAAGCUUGGGUUCGCCAAGCUUGCACAGCUGGUUGAGAUUGCCACCAAUCUCAAACUGGCCCCAUGCGCACAGCAGGGUGGUGGCUACGUGUUGCCAUGGGUUAUGGGGACCGGUCGGGGGGGGACGGCGGCAGAGGAGGAGGAUGAGGAAGAUGUGGAGCCCGAGGUGUGGGGAGCGCGACCUGAUGGCAGUGUUCUCGAGCAGGAGAUCCAGCGGCAGAUUGUCGCUUUCCAUGACGAUAUCGACGACGACUGGACUGACGAUGAUGACACGCCGCUGAGUAGCGACCCGACGGCUGAGCGAGUGUACUUCACUUACGGCGGGGGUCGUGACGGCAUGGAUUCAUUCACAUCAGUUAUCACUGGUGAUGUGUCGUCGACCGCGCAGGCGAGUGGCAGCAGCAGAGCCGGCGGUGGUGGUGGAGGACGUUCGCAUUCGGAGGUUCGCGUGGACGACUUGGGGGAUCAGCAGCCACGGGGAGGUCUUCGGCAUACAGGCAGGCGUUGGGAGGUUAGGAGCGACAACGAGGCCGAGGGGGAGGCCGAGGAUGAGGAGGUGCCCCUUCACGAUCGUCGCUUCUCUCCCUCCCAUCAUCCGAUCUCUGCACAGCCCGAGGCACUUAGGCGUUCGAAGAGGUUGGCGUCGGCAGCAGGCAGAGACCGGACACAUGACGGCGAGGAUCGUGGGGGGGAGAGGACUCCUUCCGACGCCGGUAUCCGCCCCCGCUCGCCAUUGGUGCUCCGCACACAGGACUUCGACGUCGUAGGGCUUGGCGGGAGCUUGGCAGAUUUCAGUGUCGAGGGACGUCGACGUGCCUCACCGCAGGAGGUGCGCACAGACGCGGACGUUGAGCGGGGCCCUGUUGAGACUGAGGAGGCGAGGGAUGCCCGUUUGGACCGAGAGGAGGAGCGGCUGAGGAGUUUGCUAUGGUGGGAGGGUCGGUUCGCGUUUCUCGACGAGCAACGUCGGCAAAGGGACUUGGAGACAGGAGGGGGGGGGCGCCGUGACGUCGCUGAGGAGGCGGUUCAGGGGGAGUUCGAUUAUGAGGGGCAGGAUGCCGCCGCGGGUGGUGGGUCACAUGGUGGACGACGAGGCGACGAGGAGACCGCGGGUGUCCCUGAGGGGCAGGAUGUUGUCUUGGGCAGUGGGUCCCCUAGUGUCCCUGAGGGGCAGGAUGUUGUCAUGGGCCGUGGCGACAGCGAGACCGCGGGUGAUGAGGGACAGGGUGCCGCAGUGUGCAGCAGAGGAGAGGGUGGACCCGAUGGAGAUGGGGAUACCGCAGGUGUCGGUGGAGAAGAUGGACCGGACAGCGACGACGACGAAGACCACGGUCCCGAGGACGAUCCGUAUAGGCUCGCCUUGGUGUUGAGGGACCCUGCAGUGCCUCCCUUGCGCCUUGACGACACACCGCACACUUUCUUCGACGCCGACGCUUUGGCGCAUGCCGGCGUUAGAGGGAGGGAGUCCGGUGCGGGUGAGGUGGGGUCCGGCAGACCCAACGACGGCGGCAGAGAUAGUGCAGGAUCGAUGCCUCCACCACCCGCACAGACUCCGGAGGCCAGGGUCGACACCGGGGACCGGACGGUGGCACCCGGAGUUGCGCACAGUGGCGGUUCCCCGCCGCCAGUCCGAGGAGGUGUGGGUGGUGGAUGGUCAGCUGUUCGUCGGGUCGGGGACCGGUUGCGGGCGGAUUACGACGCCGGGAGGGGCGUCUUCACGGGACGUACGCCUGUUCAGAUGCAGGCUACGGAGGGUGGGUCCGGACGUCCGAGCCUGCAGAUGGCAGGCCGCAUGCUUGGUUUGUCACGAGCGGAGACGAGGAGAUCAUUGGUCCUCGAGGCCGCAGGGACAUCCACGCACAGGCUGCGGGGAGAGCAGUUCACAUCGGGCGAGGAGGGGUUGUUGAUGCAUCCCGGGAUGAGACGACAUCAUGGACUCUCGGAGGUUGAGGCUCGACUCGCUGCAGGGGUCGCCGCUGGGCAGGCAGCAUUGGACGCAAUUCAGAGGGAGAGAGAGAGGGGGAUUGCUGCACAGGCGGAGGAGGACGAGGACACAGACACUGAGUCCGAGCCGAUCAAGACUGCGGCCCGCAGACACAGGGCACAGGUGGCCGCGGCGGCUGCUGCAGCACAUGCAGCAUAUGUCAGCGGGGCACGGGGCACAGUGCCGGAGGGAGAGGAGGGCGCCGGGGAGGACCGCAUGGCCGUACGUCCUCUGGGAGAGGCCGCGCGCGCUCUGGUGGGAGAUGACGACGUCCGUGAUGCGAGAUAGGGAUGACGUGCUAAUGAAUGUGUUCUUACAUAAAUGAUGUGCUAAUGAAUGUCCAUCAGUCUC